CCCGCCGGCCGUAGCCGGCCUCCGCAGGAGGGGGGCACGGCGGGCUGCCCUUUCCUCGCCGCCGCCGCCGCCGCCGGGGGCUCCAUGUGAGAGACGGGCCUGGCCCUCGCCGGCCGCCAGCUGCGUGACUGACUUGCUUCUCUGACCCCGGACCGGCCGCACGUCUCCUCCCCUCCUCUCUCGGGGGUCCGUCCACUGUCACCCGCGCCCGGGUCCGCGCUCCCUUCCCUCCCCCCCAGCCCCCGGGGGGGAGCGGUGACAGGCCGUGAAGGGGGAGGGGGGUGGGCCGAAGGUGGGGGUGCCCCCCAAAGCCCAGCCCCCUCGGAGGAUCGCGGAGGCCCCCCUUGGGGCCGUGGAGCACCAGGAAAGGCUGUCCCAGGAUCGACCUAGCCAGGCACGGACGUCCUGGUGUGGCGGUGGCGGCCCCCCCCGCCCCCUGCAGUCCUUGGAGCCAGGAAUUUAAAGAAUGCUGAUGGGAGACCCAUUUUCCUAAAGAACAAUUUGUCAAGCUGGUUGCCACUAUGGAUGAUCAGCAAGCCUUGGAUUCAAUAAUGCAAGAUCUGGCUGUCCUCCAUAAGGCCAGUCGACCAGCAUUAUCCCUACAGGAAACCAGAAAACCAAAAUCUUCAUCACCCAAAAAACAGAAUGAUGUUCGAGUCAAAUUUGAACAUCGGGGUGAAAAAAGAAUCCUUCAAUUUCCCAGACCACUUAGAUUAGAAGAGCUGAGUUCUAAAGCCAAAAUUGCUUUUGGACAGUCUAUGGAUCUACAUUAUACCAAUAAUGAGCUGGUGAUUCCAUUAACUACACAAGAUGACUUGGACAAAGCUGUAGAACUAUUAGAUCGCAGCAUUCACAUGAAGAGUCUCAAGAUACUACUUGUAACACAUGGUCAUAUACAGGCUGCUAACUUGGAGCCUUUGCCAUCACUGGAAGAUUUGGAUAAUACAGUAUUUAGAGUAACAGAGAUUAAAAAACGGCUUCCUGUGAUAGUUCCUACUACCAGAGAUAGAAGUUCACCUCCCCCUGGUUACAUUCCAGAUGAACUACAUCAGGUUGCUAGAAAUGGGUCAUUUACUAGUAUCAACAGUGAAGGAGAGUUUAUUCCAGAAAGCAUGGACCAAAUGUUGGAUCCACUCUCAUUGAGCAGUCCUGAAAAUUCUGGCUCAGGAAGCUGUCCAUCACUUGAUAGCCCUCUGGAUGGUGACAGCUAUCCCAAAACUCGAAUGCCAAGAGCACAGAGCUAUCCAGAUAAUCAUCAGGAAUUUACAGAUUAUGAUAAUCCUAUCUUUGAGAAAUUUGGAAAAGGAGGUACUUAUCCAAGAAGAUAUCAUGUAUCAUAUCACCAUCCAGACUAUAAUGAUGGUCGAAAGACUUUUCCAAGGGCCAGAAGGACUCAAGGGAACAGCUUCCGUUCUCCAGUCAGUUUCAGUCCUACUGAUCGUUCAUUAAGUACCAGUAGUGGAAGCAGCAUCUUUACUCCAGAGUAUGAGGAUAGUAGAAUAAGAAGGGGAAGUGAUAUAGAGAACCCCACUCUGACUGUAAUGGACAUAAGCCCACCCAGCCGUUCACCAAGAGCACCAACUAACUGGAGACUAGGCAAAUUGCUUGGUCAGGGAGCCUUUGGCAGAGUAUAUUUAUGUUACGAUGUUGAUACAGGAAGAGAGCUUGCUGUUAAACAAGUUCAGUUUGACCCUGAUAGUCCAGAGACUAGCAAGGAAGUAAAUGCACUUGAGUGUGAAAUUCAGUUGUUGAAAAACCUACUGCAUGAGCGAAUUGUUCAGUAUUAUGGCUGCUUACGGGAUCCCCAGGAAAGAACACUUUCCAUAUUUAUGGAAUAUAUGCCAGGGGGUUCAAUUAAGGACCAGUUAAAAGCAUAUGGAGCUCUUACUGAGAAUGUGACCAGGAAAUAUACCCGGCAGAUUCUGGAGGGAGUUCACUACUUGCACAGUAAUAUGAUUGUACAUAGAGAUAUUAAAGGAGCAAAUAUUCUUCGAGAUUCAGCAGGAAAUGUGAAGCUGGGGGAUUUUGGUGCCAGUAAACGACUUCAGACAAUCUGUCUUUCUGGUACAGGAAUGAAGUCUGUCACAGGCACACCAUACUGGAUGAGUCCUGAAGUCAUCAGUGGGGAAGGUUAUGGCCGAAAAGCAGAUAUCUGGAGUGUGGGCUGUACUGUAGUAGAAAUGCUAACUGAGAAACCACCUUGGGCUGAGUUUGAAGCAAUGGCUGCCAUAUUUAAAAUUGCUACUCAGCCAACCAAUCCAAAGCUGCCACCUCAUGCUUCAGACCAUAGUCGAGAUUUCCUCAAGAGGAUUUUUGUAGAGGCCAAAUUGAGACCAUCAGCUGAUGAACUCUUAAGGCACAUGUUUGCGCAUUACCACUAGCACUCAGUGCUAGUCAGUGCCUCUCCCAGCUCAGACCUACUGCAUUUACCUUCUCUCUAACUGCACUUUUUUCUUUUUAUAAAGAGAGAAAGAGAAAAAAGAGGAAAGAAAAAAGAGGGAAAGUAUUUCUCUUGAUUCUUGGUUUCAUUAAUUUGUCUAAAAAUAAUCUCAAGUUUUUUAUAUUUAGAAUACUUCUCCCCUAUCAGGACUUGAAUUUUUUUUUUAUAAUGUACUGAUGUGAUUCUCAGAGAUAAAAGCACUUUAGUACAUAUUCAUCAUUAUUUAAAAAAAAAAGCAACAAAGAAACUAUAAAAUUCUUAAAGAUAAGAUAGCCUUUUCUCAUACUCCUGACGCAUUUUUGGUGAGGGGGAGAUGGAAAAAGAUAAAUAAAAUUACUUCUAAUUUCCAUUAUUUAGUGAUAGUAGUUAAAAUAGAUCCGCACGCCUGGGGUUGAGCCCCAGAAUAGAUUAGAUUGCUGAUAGACUUAAAUAAUAUAGACUUCAUCAUGAGUGUGUAUGCCCUGCCAUAUCCUAGCUUCUGCCUGCCACUCCUUUUGCUGAAAAUACAUCUUGAUGUAAAAUAUAAGUUUCUAAGAGGUAUGUUUACUUAACAUACUUAACAACUCUCAGAGAGCCAGAAUUAUAGGUAAAUACACUAUAAUAGAUCCAUUUUUCGGGAGAAGACAAAGCUUAAGAGAUAACCCUCUAGUGAAAAAUGAAGUCAUGCUACUAUAUUUUUAAACAUAUGGAAAGUCAGCAAGAAAUUCUGUUAAAAGCAAAAUGUAAGAGGAAAAUGUUUUUCUUAAGUGAUGUGAACGGACAAAAUUAUAAGAGACAUCCAAUGGGGUAGUCAAAAGGAAUAGUAAAAGGACAAAAAACUGUUCAGUAUUUUUUGUUUUACUCUGAGGGGAAAAAGGCCUCCAAUUAAUUGAAAAUGGAGAUGAACUGAAAACAGUCAAAAAGAUACAUACCUUCUUCCUUUCUUUAGCUACCACUUCCUUGUAUAUAGCAUUAAAUACCAUCCAGUCUAGGGGGACCCAUGCUUUGAAGGUCUUGAUUGUCUUGGCAGAAAAUAAAAAUCAUGCCUUCGUGGUCAUAUAAAAAGCAAUAAUGCACUUGGGGGGGAAAAGCAUAUAAUCUCAAGAGUUAUUCAAUUGUGUACCUAAAAACAACAAUUGAAAAAGAUCUCUUGCAAAGAGGUAAUACCUGAACUUCAAGAAAUAUUCACAAAUUUAGCACAAGGAUUGUCCAAUAGCAAUUACCAUUACUUCAGAACAAGUGAUAAAUGUCCCAGAAAAUAGAAAACCCUUUUUCCCAGCUGCACACUGCAUCCGAAUCACUAAUCAUUCAGCUACAGAACUGAAGUGGAAUGGGUAGAAACUUGUAUACUGUCUUCCAACCUCAGAUGUGAAGAAAAUAAAAUUUAAUGUUUUCCAUUUAUCAUGAAGGACCAAGAAAUUCCAGGUCGCAUGUGUUUUUGUAAUGAUGGAGGAAGUGAAGUUUCUCCCUAAGAACACGAAAUGGAAUAUGAACUUUUUUAGACCCCAUGGUGUACUGCAUUGCAAAUGAAAAAUAAGCAAGAUUUCAGUAAUUUGGCUGCUCAUGUUUCUUUACUGUGAAUGGGAAGGAAAAAAGUAUUUCCCACCUCAAGGUUUUGAAUUUGAUUAUUCACAUGGGGCCCAUGUAUUAAUAGUAUUAUUCCUUCUAAUAAGGUAUGUGUUUUUAAGGAUUCUUUAAAAAUAAUUUGUUACUGAAACCAUUUUAACAGAUAUAGGUACAAUGAAUGCAAGGCUCCUGCAUAGCAUACUGUGCAGGAUUAUUUGCAGUUGAUAUUCUCAGAAGAAAAAAAGCACAGGUAAAUUGCCAAAGCUUCUUUUGUGUUCGGAGAAUCGGCAGAAGCAGGCAGCAGAAACUAAAGAAAAUGCAAAAUAUUAAGACAAUGCCGACAGUUAUUCUGAGAAUUCAUAAUUGGAGGGGAAGGAGUAGAGAAUGUUGGCUUAGUAUACUAUGUGCCAGAAACAAACCCCAAGUGUGUGGAUCUAUUAUAAUCUAUUUACCUUUGGUGAGUAGUUCAGUCUUUUCUACUCAAUCACUGUCAUAGCAUAUGGACCAGCAAAAUUUCCUUUUGUCUCCUUUUAUCGUGAUUCCCCUUUGUUUCAUUUUUGGUCUGUCAGGGUAACCAGCAGUGCAAAGUAUGGGACAAAUGACUUUUACAUAGAAAUCCUGGGAGACUGUGUAACAAUAACAACAAAAAAGCAAAAUGAUGUUCCAUGUGUUCUCUGUCUCCUUGUCCUAGGCUAAAAGAUAUAAAAAGCAAGCAUGGGGGGGGGGGGGAGUCCUUCUUUCCUACUGCUGCAGAGGACCUUUGCUUUAUAAGCAAAUUUUUUUUUAUUAGAGCUGAAUAUAGGUGGGGGAGGGAAGGCAAUAUGCUUUAUGUAAAGAUUGUUUUUAAAAUAGACAUAGUUUACAUAGGUAUCCUAUAAAAUGUGUAUCUGAAUUUAUUGAUUUUAAAUAGGUUUGAAGGUACCAAAAACCAAGCUGAAAAUGAGCAAAUAUGGAGACAUUGGUUUAAAAAAAAAUGCCCAUUGGUAGCUAGAACAUUAAUAGAGAGAGAGAGAGAGAACCAAAAAAGAAUUUCAAAGGAAGAGCCUAUAUCAGGUGUAACUACAGCACUCCAAGAUUUAAUAUUAUUUCUUCCUAUUAGAUUAUGAUGUGGGGCGGCAAAUUAAAUUGCACUCUGUGAAGGUUGGAUUUUUUUCAGAAACUAGUCUCUGAUUUUAUCCUGUUUUUAAAUGCACAACUUUUUUCUAUACUAUAAUAUUUCUUUGCUGCAGCUGGAAAACAAAAAUUGCUUAGACUGCUGCUUUUGUGCCUUUUAAAAAUGCAUUCUGUCUUGGCAAUGGCAGACAUGUUUGGUGCUGGAGAAGGUUCACUUGCAGUCUUUCAUAUGCUUUCCAGAAUAUCUAGCUCUUCCUAUUUAUAUCACAUAUAUGUUUGUGUAUAUAUAUGUGUGUGUGUAUAUGCAUGUAUAUACACACACAUAUGAUAUAAAUAAAAUUAGGCUGUGAGAAUAUUGGUGUUAUGACUUUGCCCUGGGCUAAAUUCAGGACUACUAUACUGUAGGUAUAAUGUGCUGAAUAAGAAUGUCACAAAAUAAGGGGAAAUGAUGUGGGCUAUAUUAGUUACUAUGAAUUACUAUAUAAUACCCUGAUAUUUUUUUAACAUGUUUAAAAGGCAGCAUAUUUAGGUCUCAUAAUUUCAGUAUGGCCUCUCACAAAAUAUCAGUAAACUUUAACUUACUGAUUUUUUGUUUUAAACAGAGACUACUACAUAAGGCAUUUUUUAAAACUUUUUCAUUUAUAACUUAAAUUAUAAAAUACUAAUGCAAAUGGAGAAAUGGAAAAACACAACAAAAACAUAUUUCAUAAUGAAUUGGGCAGCUCAGAUACUCUCAUUAACAUCUUCAUGACAAAUCCUAUAUAAAGGAAGAUAAUUUUAAAAAAUUUUUUUCUCUGUACUGGCUCUCUACCACCAAAUUUUCUAGUCAGUGGAAUGUUCUUUAACAGCCUAAGCAAUGUAUAGCCAGGUCCUCUCUCAAUACUUUGAAAAUACCCUCAAAAUCUCAUACAUUAUGUCUUAUCUACAGUCUUCAUUAGUUAUUUUUCAGUCAUGUCCAACACUUGGUGACCCCAUUUGGGUUUUUUUUUUUGGCAAAGAUACUGCAGUA